CUUCCAGCACUUGAACUGGCAGUGCAAAUUCUCCAGCUGCAGUCGAGAUGCCAUCUGGGACCAAAGGCUGAGCCCUCGCUGACUGAGACCUUUCAUAAAAUCGUCUCCUCCAAGCAUUUUGCAACGAAACCUAAUGGAAAUAAAUUUGCAACAAAAUUGAAAAAGUAAAACAACUAGAUGUGCCCACACAUAGAAUGCAGCAUCAGAAAGAAGGUGCCUGCAGAACUACAUCCCGCCCCAGAGCCUGACCCUGUCCUGCCCCGUGUGCCGCCAGACCUCCAUCCUGCCCGAGAAGGGGGUGGCCGCCCUGCAGAACAACUUCUUCAUCACCAACCUCAUGGAGGUGCUGCAGCGGCAGCCUGACGCGGCCGGCCACGAGGACGCCGGGGCCACCAUGCUGGACUCAGUCGGCGCCGUGCCCGGCAAGCCGCUGUCCUGCCCCAACCACGAGGGGAAGAUGAUGGAGUACUACUGCGAGUCCUGCGAGACCGCCAUGUGCCAUGAGUGCACGGCCGGGGAGCACCGGGAGCACGUGACCGUCCCCCUGCGCGACGUGGUGGAGCAGCACAAGGCCUCCCUGCGGCGGCAGCUGGAGGCCAUCAAGAGCCGGCUGCCCCAGCUGGCCUCCGCCAUCGGGCUGGUGUCUGAGUUCAGCCAGCAGCUGAUGGAGCACAAGAACGAUGCCGUGGCUGAAAUCGGGAGCACGUUUGCCGAGCUGGAGAAGGCCCUGCACCAGCGGAAGGGGGUGCUCGUCCGGGACCUGGAGGCCCUGUGCGGCGCCAAGCAGAAGGUGCUGCAGGCCCAGCUGGACACGCUGCGCCAGGGCCAGGAGAACAUUCUGAGCAGCUGCAGCUUCACGGAGCAGGCGCUGGACCACGGCUCGGAGACGGAGGUGCUGCUGGUGCAGAAGCAGAUGAGCGAGCGCCUGAGCGAGCUGGCGAGCUGCGAGUUCCCCGAGCAGCCCCACGAGAACGCGCAGGCGGACUUCGUGGUGGAGACGGAGGGGGUGCGCAAGUCCAUCCUGAACCUGGGCGUGCUGCUCACCACCAGCGCCAUCGCCCACAAGACGGUGGCCACCGGGGAGGGGCUGCGCCACGCCGUGGUGGGCCAGCCCGCCUCGCUCACCGUCACCACCAAGGACAAGGAUGCCGAGCUGGUGCGCAGCGGCGGCGCCUGCCUGCAGGCCGAGGUGGCGGCGCCCGACGGCACGGCCGUGGAGCACGAGGUGCUGGACAACAAGAACGGCACCUACGAGCUGCUGUACACGCCGCGCCACGAGGGGGACCACCUGCUCUCCAUCCGCCUGUACGGGCAGCCGAUCCGCGGCAGCCCCUUCCGCGUCAAGGCCGUCAAGGCCUCCGACGUGCCGCCCUCCCCCGACGACGUCAAGCGCCGCGUCAAGUCGCCCAGCAGCGGCCACAUCCGCCAGAAGGCCGUGCGCCGCCCCUCCAGCAUGUACAGCAGUGGCAAGAAGAAGGAGAACCCCAUUGAGGACGAGCUGAUCUUCCGCGUCGGAACCCGGGGCCGGGAGAAGGGGGAGUUCACCAACCUGCAGGGGAUCUCCACCUCCGGCAGCGGGCGCAUCGUGGUGGCCGACAGCAACAACCAGUGCGUGCAGGUCUUCUCCAACGAGGGCCAGUUCCGCCUGCGCUUCGGGGUGCGGGGCCGCUCCCCGGGACAGCUGCAGCGGCCCACAGGGGUCACCGUGGACCUCAACGGGGACAUCAUCAUCGCGGACUAUGACAAUCGGUGGGUGAGCAUCUUCUCUCCAGAAGGCAAGUUCAAGACCAAGAUCGGGGCAGGCCGCCUGAUGGGCCCCAAGGGCGUGGCGGUGGACCGCAACGGCCACAUCAUCGUGGUGGACAACAAGGCCUGCUGCGUCUUCAUCUUCCAGUCCAAUGGGAAGAUCGUGACCAAGUUCGGCAGCCGCGGCACGGCCGAGCGCCAGUUUGCAGGGCCGCACUUCGUCGCCGUGAACAGCAAGAAUGAGAUCGUGGUGACCGACUUCCACAACCACUCGGUGAAGGUCUACAGCGCCGACGGAGAGUUCCUCUUUAAAUUUGGCUCCCACGGUGAGGGCAACGGGCAGUUCAAUGCCCCGACGGGGGUGGCUGUGGACUCCAACGGGAACAUCAUCGUGGCCGACUGGGGCAACAGCCGGAUCCAGGUUUUCGACAGCUCGGGCUCCUUCCUGUCCUACAUCAACACCACGGCGGACCCGCUGUACGGGCCGCAGGGCCUGGCGCUCACCUCGGACGGACACGUGGUGGUGGCGGACUCCGGCAACCACUGCUUCAAGGCCUACAGAUACCUGCAGUAGCCGCGGGGGGCAGGCUGGGCGGCAGGGGGCGCUCGAGUCCCCACGGCCCCCUCCCUGCCCACCUGCCGGCACUAUGGACAGCGGGGCCGGGGCAGAGCUGGCCCCUCGGCGGGGCCGCCUCUGGGUGCCGCUCGGGCUCCGCACGCGAAGGAGCCGAGGCAGCCACGGGCCGAGUUCUGGCGCUUCCUGGGGUGUGUGUGGGAGCUGCUCUGCCUGGCUUCUCCACAGGGGCCACGGGGGGCGAGGGGCGGCCCCUGCACAGAGCCCAUGGCAGCUGCUGCGCUGCGCCCCGGAGGCCCCUGCCCUCUCUGCCUCCUGCCCCGAGGGGCCCAGAGCCGCGGGAACUGGCCCUUCCUCCUCGGUGGGCCCCGCAGUGCCCGACACGGCCCGCCUUCCCAGCCUGGAUCUUCUCUGCACUUUAUCUCUGUCCAGGAGGGAGGCCGAGGCACCCCUCCGCCCUCCGCCCGGGGAAGGGCGGGCAGAAUCCGCAGCCCGUCGUCCAGCCACGGGGAUGGGGCACCGGGGAGAGGCCUCCAAGCCAGGCAGGAAGGGACAGGGGGUGCCCCCCCCGGGCAAGUGCCAUGGGGGCUGUGCAGCAAGCGGAGAGGCCUGGCCCCCUUGAAGCAGGACGCUCUGCCUGCCUUGCUCAGGUGGGUGGCCGACUGGAGCCCCGCGCCAUGGCAUGAGGGACUGCAGCCGCGCGGGAGGCCAGCCUGCCGGCGGAGCGAGGCAGUGCUUCCCGUGGCUGCAGGCUGGAUGGACGGACAGGUGCCUGCCGGAGCCGGGCCUGGCCCAGCUUCCUGCCCGCCGGCCGGGGUCCGGGGCGGUUGCGCUCCCACGGCAGCAGAGCGGCCUCCCGCAGGCGCGCCUCCUGGUCCCCCAAGGCCUGUGGCCACUCUGCAGGCCGGCAGGGGCGGGCACUGAGGGGCUCUCCAGAUGAGCUGCCCCCUCGGGAGAGCCGGGGGGGGGCUGAUUUGGCGUGCUUUUCCCCCGCGGCCAGGGCUGUCCCUCUUCUUCCUCCUGCCUUCCUCCCAGGACCUGAACCAGCCCCUUUGGCUCGCAGCAGGAGCAUUGCAGCCGCGGACGGAGCUGCUCUCGUCCGCCCCCUCUCCCCACAGCCUUCCACACACACUCCAGAUGGGCCGGGCUGGGCUGGGCUGGGGCAGCCAUGUGCUAACAAAAUGUAUGUAAAGAUAAAUAAAUGA